UUCCCUGCAUUCAUCCCCUUUCAUGCUGAUCGGGGAAGGAAGGGCUGAUAGCUUAAAAUUGGACCCCUCUUCCUGGACGGAUGGCUAUCUAGCUAGCUAGGUUAAAUCUUCAUAUUAGAAAAAUGGCGGCGGGUAGCGUCAACCCGUUUAAUCUGAGCGAUUCUGAAGAUGAGGCAGAGCAGAGACCAGAGGACGGGGUUGAUGCCGAAAGGAGCCUUAGCGAUGGAGCGCCAGGGCUCCCGUCCAACAACCCCUUCUCCCCGCAGGCGGACGCCGAGCCCCYGGCCCUUCUGCUGUCCAGCACCCGGACCAGCCCAAGUGUGGAAGGCAUCUCGGCAGCAGAUGCCGCAAUGGCAAGCGGCUUGGCAGAGACUCGGGUAUCUGUAGAUGUGAUUGCUGCUCAGCUAAUACGGGAUCAAUACAUCCUCACCGCUCUUGAAUUUCAUACCGAAUUGUUGGAGUCCGGGAGGGAGCUUCCCCGGUUGCGGGAUUAUUUCUCCAACCCGGGCAAUUUCGAGAGGCAAAGCGGCACUCCACCAGCUUGUAAAGACCAAGGACUGGGGCCAGGUGGACCGCUAAACCGAGCGGGCAGCAUCAGCACGUUGGACUCUCUGGACUUCGCCCGUUACUCUGACGACGGGAACCGGGAGUCGGACGAGAGGGUGGCAGUGCUGGAGUUUGAGCUACGGAAAGCCAAGGAGACCAUUCAGGCUCUACGCGCCAACUUGACUCAGGCAGCAGAGAGUGACACUCAGGAGAGAAACAAGAACUACAAAUCAGAUCCUGAGAUUCAGGAACUUAUCCGCCCACUGGAGAAGCGAGCCUUAAAUUUUCUUGUGAAUGAAUAUUUAUURAAGAAUGAGUACAAACUGUCGGCCAUCACAUUCUCUGAUGAAAAUGAUGACCAGGACUUUGAGUUGUGGGACGACGUGGGCCUGAACAUUCCGAAGCCUCCCGACCUAUUACAGAUCUACAGGAACUGUGGCUCCGCCCUUCCGUCGCYACGGGAUACAGYGGAUGUAUCCGUGGGGGUGGAGUCAGGCGAGCUCACUGGGAACUACAUUGUCCAGAAACCUGAUCUCUUGCAGCAGCAGCAGACUGAGAUGGUUGAGGAGUUCGAGUAUCAGAUCAGUCUACUGAACAAGGAAAAACAGAGUCUGRCUGACCAGGUCAAGAAACUACAGAGUGAGAUCCAAAGCCUGAGAAGGACAGUGUCCCCCCCUCCUCCUGACCAGGGCUCACAUCUCAACUCCCUCUCCUCCUCAUCCACACCUCCCCCUCCCCAGCCCCCCCUGGACAACGGUCAGUACCUGGACAUCAGGAGAGCCUCAGAACCUGACAAGCCCCAUACUGASAGCAACCCCCCCACUCAGACCGUCAGUUCCCCUACACACACCUCUACACAACCCCAUGCCAAGCUAAAGUGCAGAGGGACGGUGGUGUUUGACCAGCCCAACAGGAAGUUGUCACCAGCGUUCCAGCAGGCCCUGUUGUCCUUUUGUAAGAUGUCAGCUGACAGUCGUCUGGGGGCAGAGGUGUCGAGGAUAGCAGACAAUGAGGAGAGUGUGAUGCUGAUGUUGGGUCGCUGUCUCCCUCACAUMGUCCCCAAUGUCCUCCUGGCCAAACGAGAGAGAAUGGUUGCACACCUGUGCCAGGAGUUGAUUCCUCUCAUCCUGUGUACGGCGUGUCUCCACCCGGAGCCUAAAGAGAGAGACCAGCUCCUUCACAUCCUCUUCAAUCUCAUCAAGAGACCUGACGACGAACAGAGGCGGAUGAUCCUAACAGGUUGUGUGGCGUUUGCCAGACAUGUUGGUCCUACCAGAGUUGAGGCUGAACUCCUACCACAAUGCUGGGAACAGAUCAACCAUAAGUAUUCAGAGAGAAGGUUGUUGGUAGCAGAGGCCUGUGGAGCCUUAGCACCUUACCUGCCUAAGGAGAUACGUAGUUCCCUGGUGUUGUCCAUGCUGCAGCAGAUGCUGGCUGAAGACAAGGCAGACAUGGUCAGAGAGGCCGUGGUCAAAAGCCUCGCUAUCAUCAUGGGAUACAUCGAUGACCCUGACAAGUACUCCCAGGGUUUUGAGUUGAUGUUGUUGUCCCUCGGUGACCCAUCCGAGAGGGUGGUCAGUGCUAUCCACCAGGUGUUCAUCCCAGCAUUCGCUGCCUGGACCACAGAGCUGGGAAUCCUCCAGACCACUCUCUUCCCCUCUCUGCUGGCCCGCAUAGAGAAACUACUCAAGCAGGGUGAACAUGGUCUUGAUGAACACAAGCUCCACAUGUUCCUGUCGGCCCUCCAGUCUCUCAUCCCUCCUCUGUUCUCUGUGGUGAUCCAGAACGCUCCCUUCACACACAGGCUCACCCUGCAGGGAGACAUCCCCCCCAUAGAGAGUGAGCGGUUCCCUCGGCCAGCGUCUCCUCUUCAGGAUGUGGCGACUGUCGUGGGCAGCCGGGCGCUGAGCGGCCUCCUCAUCCUCUAUGAUUACCAGCUAGAACAUGAGGGCACCACAGGCUGGGACAGUAUGCUGUGGGUGGUCAAUCAACUUCUUCCCCAGCUGAUAGAGAUAGUAGGUCGUAUUACUGUAACCUCCACUACGUGUGUCCAUGAGUUCUCACGCUUCUUCUGGAGACUCUGCCGCACGUUUGGCAAGAUCUUCACUAACACUAAGGUAAAACCACAGUUCCARGAGAUCCUACGGCUCUCUGAAGAGAAUGUUGAUGCUUUAACCGGGAAUGCUGUCCUGAUCAAGGCUACAGUUCCAGUCUAUGCUACAGGUGUACUGACAUGCUACAAUCAGGAUGAGGAUCGUAAGCUGCUGGUUGGUUUUCUAGAGGACGUCAUGACGACCCUGUCUCUCUCCCACGCCCCCCUGGACAGCCUCAAAGCCUCCUUCAUAGAGCUGGGGUGUGACCUUUCGGCUGUGUUGUCCAAUCAGCUGCUGGUGAAGGGGGUGAAUGAGACGCUGGUGGCUCAGAGGGUGGUGCCCGCUCUCAUCACUCUCUCCAGCGACCCUGAAAUUUCAGUUAGGAUAUCUACUAUCCCUGCCUUUGGUACCAUCAUGGAGACAGUCACACACAAAGAGCUGUUGGAGCGUGUGAAGAUGCAGCUAGCGUCGUUCCUGGAGGACCCGUACCAGGACCAACACUCUCUACACAUGGAGAUCAUCAGGACCUUUGGCCGGGUCGGACCCAACACUGAGCCACGCUUCAGAGACGCAGUUUGUGCUCCCCCACCCCACAAGCUGGCGUUGAUAACAAACGCUCAGGCUACAGAGAGGAAGAGGAUAGACAUCGCUACUCAGCUUGUUUGAGGCUACAGCGCUCUCUCAUGCUGCUUCAUCUCAGAGGAGCUUAUGGUGAAUCACUUCCUGCCUGGCCUGAGGUGUCUGAGGACGGACAUGGAACAGCUAUCUCCUGAACACGAGGUGAUCCUGAGCUCCAUGAUCAAGGAGGGGGAAACGAAGGUAGAGAACAGAGGGAUUGGACAGGCUGAGGGAUCUGUGUCCAUCGCUGCCAGUCUGGUUGGGGAAGACGCCAAGACCAAGUUCCUGAGUAAGAUGGGUCAGCUGACCACGUCCGGCGCCAUGCUGGCCAACGUUUUCCAGAGAAAGAAGUGAUCCUCCUUCCGCCGCCGAACCGCCUAGCAGCAAGCCCACUACAUAUCCCAUGAGCCUCCAUUGUGUGCGAGCGCCAGCCCAGGCUCCAACGAUGGGCCAGAUCAGGGUCUCUGCUCGAACGCCUUCUGAAUGCAGCCUUCACUCCUCCCUGACUGGACGGGGGACAGCACUGAGCCCUAGGAGGAAAGGAAGGAAGGGUGCCCUUUUUUACAUAUUUGAUCAGGUCCAGGGUGUAUGUCAAUAGUCUGAAGUGGUUUCCUCUCCUUGUCUCAAGGAGAGAAAUUCAUUAUUAUACUAUUGAGAUACAGCCACUAAGAUUUGGCCAACUGGGUUUGUUUUGGAAUUUUUACAGGUGCCAUGUUGGCACCAAAAGCUUUCUGAACGUUCCAGUCUAGUUAGAAUUUUAGUGGCGUUCUUUGUCAGAAUGUGAUUGUUCCGGAACCUUUGUGUCAACAUGGAGAGGAGUAGCUAACUAACUGACGUCUGUAUGUUCAUGGCUCUGGGGAAUUGCCUACUUGAAGUGAAAAUUGUCUGUUGUAUUUCAUCACGUCUCUCGUUGUUUUGAUAUUAAUUAAUGAUUUAAGACUUAAUUCCUCCAAAGAAAUCUGCACUUCAGUGUUUUAUUACUUUCUCUUUAUUCUGUUUUGAUUUCAGUCUUAUUAUGGAGGAUGUACAUCCACAUCACUACCUUUCAUUGGAUUUGUUGUUUUUCUGUUGGAAAUGUGAGGGCAAAGAGAACACUAAUAGUCUUCCUUAAUCCCUCCAUCCAUCUCUCACUCUCUCUCUCACUCUGACUCUCACUCUCACUCUCUCCUUUUCUGUCUCGUUCUGCCUCUGCGUGUUUCAGUGUCUCUGGUGGUUAUUUUCUAAAGUGGCUGUUUAAUUUUUGUUGAGUUAUUUUCUCUUUGGGAUCAUUUUAAUUACAUGUUAUGCUCUACAAGUAAGCUGUAUGAUACACUGAAAUGAAGGCGGGACCCAUAUUAUUAUGUACAUUUGAAAUUGGUGUCAUGAAAUAAUAAAACACAAAAUAAACAAUUGUGUACUCAUGUACACCUGCUUAUGGUGA